AUGAUCGGUUAUGGAGGAUCCGGUCAAGUUUACCAAAUACCCGUUAAUGAAAUGGGUGAUAUGGUCGCGGUUAAGAAGAUUUGGAACACAAAAAAGAUAAGUAGCAAUUUGGAGAAACAGUUCAAUGCUGAGGUACAAACUCUAAGUACUAUAAGGCAUGUCAAUAUAGUGAACUUACUAUGCUGUAUUUCGAGUGAAAACUCGAGAUUACUAGUUUACGAGUAUAUGGAAAAUCGAAGCUUGGAUAGAUGGAUCCAUACAAGUAAACACGGGCUUUCAUCAGUGGAUUAUCCUGUGUUGGAUUGGCCUAGUAGAAAGAAAAUAGCAAUGGAUGCUGCUCAAGGAUUAUGUUACUUGCACAAUGAUUGUACACCUCCUAUAAUACAUAGGGAUGUGAAAUCUAGUAACAUUUUGUUGGAUUCUAUGUUUAAUGCUAAGAUUGCUGAUUUUAGGUUAGCUAAGAUUUUGACUAAGCUAGGUGGACAGCCUAAUACUACUAGCUGUCUUGUUGGAUCUUUUGGUUACAUUGCUCCAGGCCUUGAAUAUUUCACUUUAUAUGAGGGGUGGUUGAGAUUCAAACCUCUAACCUCUUAUUACGUUGACUCUGAUACCAUAUCAAAGAACCAACUUAACCAAAAGCUUAGGCUAAUAUUUCAGGUGAAUGAGAAGACUAAGAUUUACAACUUUGGAGUAAUUAUGUUGGAGUUAGUGACAGGGAAAGAGCCUCAUAAAGGAGAUGAAUACUCAAGUCUUGCAGAGUGGUCAUUCAAACAUUAUAAUGAUGGGCAAUUAAUUCAGGAUUCUUUUGACAAGGAAAUACUUAAGCGUUGCUUUUUGGAUGAUAUAAUCUAUAUGUUCCAACUUGGGUUAAUGUGCACUAGUAUAGAACCACAUCAUAGGCCAUCAAUGAAGGAUGUUUUGAGGUUGCUUGAAAAAAUGAACAAUUUAGAAGAUUCUAGAAGUGAUAAAGAAAGGAAAGAUCAUGAUUAUUCCCCUCGUCUUGGAGGCAAAAAUAGAAAUUCUAUUUCAUGCAAGGAUGAUAAUCAUUAUUGGGAGAGCAUGCUUGGCGCCACAGGGAUGACAUGUUCUAUAUAUAAAUGCGCUGGUAAAGAUGGUCGUCGUAGUUCUAAUGCUCAUGGUAUUCAGUUGGCACAGAGGUUGGUGAAAACUGAAAAGUUAAGAAAAGACAAGAAAGGUACAAUGGUUGAAUUAGUAGAUCCAUUAGCCCUUCUACAAACAUGA